CUUGACUACUAGAAGUCAACCCAAUACAUGUUCAAUUUUUCUGUUCCCCUCCAUAGUUGAAGAACUCUCAUUAAUGGCAUAUUAUAAUCGAUCAGUUCUUAUCGGAAUGUCAACGCUCAACUGUGAUGAUGAUUCCUAUUGCCAGACUGGCUUUAGACCUAUAAUUCAAUGACGUGAGGAUGCAUGACUUUCCUGCGAAAAAGAUUUUCUGGGAAACUGACAAUGCGGAAGGAGAAAUGGUAUUGGAAGAUGUGUCUGCUCCUUCUUUGCACUGCUCUUGCACCAGCUUUUUCACUCGAUCUCAGAAUCCCUUCUCAUGAAACUCCUAAAGUGACAAAAGAUUGGUGUACAAGAUGUGAUUACAAGGUGGAUGAUGGUGAUGGAUAUAUUUGCUGUAAAGAUUGCUCUGAUCCUCACAUUUUUUCUUAUGAUCCAAGAUUGGGUUAUUGCAGAAGUGGUGCGGAGCUACUUGUAGAGCUAAAACCAAAGGAAAUUUAUAAAUGGGUUGCUGGAUCAUGGAAGCCUUGCUCAUCUCCUUGUGAUGGUGGGAUUAGGUACCGGGAUGUGGAAUGUUAUGCAGCGUUUGAAGAUACACUGGCCCCGGAUUAUCCAGUAUAUGACCAUAAGUGCUCCAAGGAACAAAUGCCAGUCAGAGAAGAGCCCUGUCAUUUAAGAAGCUGCCUUCAGCUCAAUGAUGGAGACUCACACAAAAGAAAGCAUAGUAGGACACCUACCUGGAUGCUUGGACUUCUCAUUUCUCUCGGGUUGGUAGCUAGUUGUGUUAGUGUUGCUGGUUAUAUCCAAUAUAAAAGGAGAACAUCAAUGCAAUAUGGUCAAGUAUACAUCAUGAUGGAUGGAUAUUCAUAAAGACUGAAUUGCCAUACAUUGCUUUAUGGAUCAUAGAUAGCUUCAGUAUACACAUUGAAUUGUCUCUGAUGUUUUAUUUAUUUAUUUAUUUUAAUUCAUUCCUGCAAUGUUUGACAGAAUCAUUCCAUAUAAUGUAACUCAUGGGAA